GGUUCCAAGUGUCGGAUGACAUCAUGGAUUACUUGUGGAAAUAAAUACCGACAUAUCCAACAUCAACCCAACCCGGCGUGUCACAUCACAAGCCCAGUAAUACUUUGGAUGUCAUGAUGAACACCGCGACCGUCAGUCUGGCGGUCACGCCAACUGCUUUAUCCACGCUCUUGACGCAUUACUUGAACCGCAAACCGCUCGCUCAUAAGCCUACAGCACAUCUUUCGUACGACGAGGGGCUACAUCUGAUUCGCUCGUUUCUCACCCAUGCCUCGCACCAUACUGUCGAGGAGCUGCAGGCGUUUACCAGCCAGUGGGUACCACAUCCGCAGUGGGUCAAGGUCGACCAUGUCGUGAUACCAGAGGAGGACCUCCUGCGGGCAGCCGAUCUUCUGGUCGAGCAGUUGGGCCCGGACGGGAUCCGCCAGGUUGGCGGCAAGGCGUGGUGGCAGUGGCGCAAGCCCAAUAGCCCGCUCAAGGCCGAGUGGAUCGAGAUGAAAGCAGACUACCAAGAGCGCAAGAGGGGCUCGAACCCGGGCAACCGUGUCAUGCUCUACGUCCACGGCGGCGCCUACUACUUUGGCAGUGUGGACGAUCACCGCUAUCAGAUCCAGCGCCAUGCGCGUAAGCUCAAGGCGAGGGCGCUGGCACCGAGGUACCGGCUGGCACCCCAGUUCCCUUUCCCGUGCGGGCUUCAGGACUGUUUGGCUACGUACCUGUAUCUCAUCACACAUCAACAUCCGAGCACCGUGAUCCUGGCCGGUGAUUCGGCCGGGGGCGGUAUGAUCCUCUCCAUGAUGGUCAUCCUCAGAGAUAGGGGCAUCCCUUUGCCUGCCGGCGCCGUGCUCAUCAGCCCGUGGGUCGACCUGACGCACUCAUUCCCGAGUGUCGCGGGACACUGCCCCCUGGACUACCUCCCGGCGUCCGGAUUUCAUCACAAACCCUCCCGAGUGUGGCCGCCACCUGACGAGGAGGAGCUCGCCGAGCUCAAGAAGGUCGCCAUGGCCCAGAAAAAAGAGAUUCAUAAAGAGAAAGGCGAGCCUGCUGAGGAGAGCGGCAUACCGAGGACCGAGGACGUUGCGCAGCGCACGCACCGGUUGACGUUCCUCAUCGAUGGCGAGCAAGUCGAUGUCAAGGAGCAGAUACAGAUGUACACCACCAACGAGCUGAUCGCGCAUCCGUUGGUCAGCCCCAUCAUGCAGCCCACGCUGGGCGGCCUGCCGCCGCUGUUAAUCAUGGUUGGCGGCGGCGAGAUGUUGCGCGAUGAGCAGAUUUAUCUGGCUCAUAAAUGCGCGGACCCUGCGCGAUACUUGCCUCCCGAGACACUGAUGGACGACCGGGCGAAGACCCUGGUGGACCGGUAUGAGCCUACAGAUGUUCAGCUGCAGGUGUGGGACGACUUGUGCCACGUUGCACCUACGCUGAGUUUCACCCGGCCGGCGAAGUUUAUGUUCAGGAGUGUCGCACAGUUCUCGGCCUGGGCAUUGGCGAGGGCGCAGAAAACCGAGGUGGAGAUUGUUCAGGACGAUGAAAUAUCCGUCAUUUCAAGCUCGACCUCCUCCGACGAGAGCGAGCAGCAGACGGCAAAGGCGAGGAAAGAGCGGACCAUUGUCGAGGACCAGUCCGCUGCGCAGUAUUCUUCAGUUGGCCGCGCAGGAGACCCGCUCCCGCCGUUUGAGAACCACAUGAUCCGCCAGCGAGUCACACGCCACGGCGAUAUCCUCCCGUUGCCGCCCCCUUCAGAGCUCCCGGGCUGCUGUAUGGCCCGCAACCAAGUUGGCGUCGUCAAAGCCGGCACCCUGCGCAAGUGGCUCGAGCACAAGAAGCGAUGGGACGCGCGCUUCAAGCAAACCAAGGCGCGCGUGCACAAGAAGCGCCUGCGCGACAUGGCCACGGGCUACGAGGUGUUCGGCGACGGCGAGGUCCCGCCGCCGAGCGCGCUCGCGGGACGGAGGAAGCUCGGUGCGAGGGAGUUGAAGGAGAAGAAGGCGCGCGGGCUGGGCCUGUCGCUCUGGGCGCUGUGGGGCUCCAAGCAUGACGAGAUGACGGUCCAGCGGGAGCAGCACGCGGCGAAGACGCCCGAGGUUACCGCCGCCAGCGCCAGCCAGGGGCAGGGCGCGCGUGCGUUUUCGGAUCUGGAAAAGCAGGAGCGGGCGGCGCGCGAGGGGAAGGGUGUGCCGUCGGCGGCGCAAACGAGCAACAGCCAGGCGUGGACGAGCCUCGUCGGGGCGGAUCAAGCGGAGAGGGGGAACGACGCGGAUAAGUCGGCUGACUUGGAACCGGCCGGGCCUGUGAGCCCUAGCAGCAGUGAGGCGGGGGCCCAGACAGCGAACCACCAGUCGGCGACGGCGCUUUUGUCGCCCGAUGACGCUUACGAGACGGGAGUCACCGGAAAGCGGGUCAUCAUCGGCGGUCUGGCGACGCCCUUCAGCCUGCGCAAGGAGCCCGAGACGGCGAGCAUGAUCACGCUGGCGACUCCAAUGGACCAGCGAUCCACCCGGGUAUCGACCGCAGACUCGAGCAGCGUCGUGGCGGCGCCAUCGGCGGAGGUCUCGGAGGACCAGGGGGCCGUUGGCUCGGGUGAGCCGGACAAGCCAAAGCAUCGGGAGGGCGAGACGCCGGGGACUGCAACUCCUUUCGUAACACCGUUCUUGACGCUAGCCUCGCCAAGUGAGAGGCCUCCUUUGGAUAGGUUUGUGACGGCCGAGGAGGGAGCUGCAGAGGCUGGUGCUUGAUGAGUUAGGGAGAUGUAGUCUUUCGUUCUUCGCCUUCGGACUUUAUGCAUCAAGGCAUUGGAUAUUGACUUAAUUCGCACCACACAAAUAGCUAAACAGUAUAUCGCAGCGCUCUUUG